UGCCAUCUGGAGCGCUGCCGCUGGCGGCCACAGUCCAGGCGCGAUCGGCGGGAUCGGCGGGACAGCACGCAGGGGCCAGCUGGGGCCGAGGGAGGUUGCCGCAGCGGCUGGAGCCCCGGCAGCUGCCAGGUCUCCCCGGCCCAGCCAUGUCCCUCGGUGGAGCCUCGGAGCGCAGCGUCCCGGCCACCAAGAUCGAGAUCACCGUGUCCUGCAGGAACCUGCUGGAUCUGGACACUUUCUCCAAGUCUGAUCCCAUGGCGGUGCUUUACACGCAGAGCCGGGCCAGCCAGGAGUGGCGAGAGUUCGGGCGGACCGAGGUCAUCGACAACACGCUGAACCCGGACUUCUUGCGCAAAUUCGUCCUCGACUAUUUCUUCGAGGAGAAGCAGAACCUGCGCUUCGAUGUGUACAAUGUGGAUUCCAAAACCAAUAUCUCCAAACCGGUGAGCAAGGAUUUCCUGGGACAAGCAUUCCUGGCUCUGGGCGAGGUGAUCGGAGGACAGGGUAGCCGUGUGGAGAGACCUCUCACGGGUGUCCCAGGCAAGAAGUGUGGAACCAUACUGCUGACUGCAGAGGAACUUAGCAAUUGUCGGGACAUCGCCACCAUGCAGCUAUGUGCCAACAAGCUGGACAAGAAGGACUUCUUCGGGAAGUCAGACCCCUUCCUCGUCUUCUACCGAAGCAACGAGGAUGGCACAUUCACCAUCUGUCAUAAGACAGAGGUUGUGAAGAACACACUGAACCCUGUUUGGCAGCCCUUCAGCAUCCCAGUGCGGGCUCUCUGCAAUGGAGACUAUGACAGAACAGUGAAAAUUGAUGUGUAUGACUGGGACCGAGAUGGAAGUCAUGAUUUUAUUGGUGAAUUCACUACCAGCUACAGGGAACUGAGCAAGGCCCAGAACCAGUUCACUGUUUACGAGGUACUUAACCCUCGGAAGAAAUGUAAAAAGAAGAAAUAUGUCAACUCGGGAACUGUGACAUUGCUCUCCUUCUCCGUGGACUCAGAAUUCACUUUUGUCGACUAUAUCAAAGGAGGGACCCAGCUAAACUUUACCGUAGCCAUUGACUUCACAGCUUCCAAUGGGAACCCUCUGCAGCCCACUUCUCUGCACUACAUGAGUCCCUACCAGCUCAGCGCCUAUGCCAUGGCCCUCAAGGCUGUGGGGGAGAUCAUUCAGGACUACGACAGUGACAAGCUCUUUCCAGCCUAUGGCUUUGGAGCUAAGCUGCCCCCAGAGGGACGGAUAUCUCACCAAUUCCCCCUGAACAACAAUGAUGAGGACCCCAACUGUGCAGGCAUUGAGGGAGUGCUGGAAAGUUACUUUCAGAGUCUACGCACUGUGCAGCUCUACGGCCCCACUUACUUCGCUCCGGUCAUCAACCAGGUAGCCAGAUCUGCAGCCAAGAUCUCAGAUGGUUCCCAGUACUACGUACUGCUCAUCAUCACAGAUGGGGUGAUUUCUGACAUGACACAGACCAAGGAAGCCAUUGUCAGUGCCUCCUCACUGCCCAUGUCUAUCAUCAUUGUGGGUGUGGGACCAGCCAUGUUUGAAGCGAUGGAAGAGUUGGAUGGAGAUGAUGUACGUGUGUCCUCCCGGGGGCGCUAUGCAGAGCGGGACAUUGUUCAGUUUGUUCCCUUCCGAGAUUACGUGGACCGGUCCGGAAACCAGGUGUUGAGUAUGGCCCGACUGGCCAAGGAUGUGCUAGCCGAGAUCCCGGAGCAGCUAUUGUCCUAUAUGAGAACCAGGGACAUCCAGCCUCGGCCUCCGCCCCCUGCCAACCCCAGCCUGACUCCAGCGACAGAGAAGCCCUGAGACAGUCUUCCCCGACAUCAAGCCAUCUGCCCUCCUGCCCACCCACUGCUUCUGCUGGAAGCAAGAGGCACCUGGAGCCCAGAACUUCACUGGGUGUCGAGCUGGGAAGAUUGAUGCUCAACUCUCACUUCCAGGCCCCCAGCAGGAUCUGGCACUGUAGUUGCUUCCUUGUCUUCUUGCUAAUAAUAAAGUUAAUAUUUAUGCCACUGCUGUCUCAUACAUG